CCAAAAACUUUGAUUAAAAAAACGAAGAAAAAAAAGAUGAAGACUUGGCCAAUCAAUGUCGACUUGACGCAAGACUAACCAAGUCACUAGGUUAUAACUUCCUUCUUAAAGAGAAUUAGAGAACCAGUGAAGCAUACAACAGCAUAACUCAUUACUUUUACAACACAAACUAAAAAAGAGAGAUGAUGAUUCGAAACCACUGUUAUUGCUUUCCUAGCAUUAUUACCAUCUUUGUCUCUAUUUUAAUCCACAGUCUUGCCUCUCCUACGCUCCACUUUUGCCGCCACGACCAGAGGGAUGCUCUUUUGGAAUUCAUUCACGAGUUUCCUACUGAUAAGUCUUUUCCAAGUUCUUGGAACAAAAGCAGCGAUUGUUGUUUUUGGGAGGGAGUCGAGUGCCAUAAUAAAUCUGGCCAGGUUAUAUCACUCGACCUUUCUUAUAAAUAUCUUAACGGCUCUAUAAAACCAAACAGUAGCCUCUUCAAACUCCAAUAUCUUCGUGAUUUAAGCCUUAAUUAUUGCAAUCUCCAAGGAAAGAUUCCUUCUUCACUAGGAAAUCUUUCUCGUCUGGAGACUCUUGGACUCAGUAUCAAUCACCUGGUAGGCGAAGUUCCAGCUUCCAUCGGACACCUAACCGAACUGAGAAUCGUGUCCCUUGGGAAAAACAGCUUAAGUGGCAGGUUUUCUAGUUUAUUCGCCAAUUUAACGAAGCUUACCCAUAUUUUCCUCCACUCUAAUAACUUCACAUCCACGCUUCCAUCCGACAUGAGUGGACUGUACCGUUUGGAGUGGUUCGAUAUCAGUGAAAACUCAUUUUCCGGGCCUUUCCCUAAAUCCUUGUUCACCAUUUCCUCCUUACUUAUAGUUUAUUUAGGAAGAAACCAAUUCACGGGACCUAUAGAUUUCGAGAACACAUCUUCCCCAUUGGUCAACCUAGGUGAUCUUGUCCUUGCUAGUAACAAAUUCGACGGCCCAAUCCCAGAAUCCAUAACUAAAUUUCUCAACCUUGAAAACCUAGAUCUUUCCCAAAACAGUUUCAGUGGACCAAUCCCUAGAUUUAUAUCAAAUUUAACCAAACUCGGUCAUCUUAAUUUUGCGAAAAACAAGUUGGAAGGUGAAGUACCAGCUUGCUUGUGGAAUCGGCGGCCGUCGACAGUGGUGCUUUCUCACAACUAUUUCAGCAGUUUUGAAAACGUUUCACAAGAAACAGAAACUGAUCAUAUGGAUCGGUUGGAUCUGAAUUCGAAUUCAUUCCGAGGACCAUUUCCCCACUGGCUCUGCAAGUUUUCCCGGUUAGAGUAUUUAGAUUUGUCCAACAACCUCUUCAGCGGCUCCAUCCCUCCAUGUUUAAAAAACUUCACUGCUACUCUUAUAGAGUUAACUCUUGGGAACAACAACUUCAGUGGAACUCUUCCAGAUAUAUUUGCUGGUGCUACCAGGUUAGAAUCACUCGACGUUAGUGCCAACCUUCUAGAAGGAAACUUCCCAAAGUCCUUGAUCCACUGCAAAGCUCUUCAACAUGUGAAUGUGGGAAGCAACAGAUUCAAGGACAAAUUUCCACAUUGGCUGGGAUCUUUGCCGUCAUUACAUGUUCUCAGCCUCCGAUUCAACAAGUUCUUCGGGCCGUUGUAUCGUCAUCAUCAUCGCCAUAUGUCCUCUGGGUUUAAGAGUUUAAGAGUCGUCGAUAUUUCACAUAAUAACUUCACUGGAGCUCUCCCACCCGGCUAUUUUUCCAGCUGGCAUGGAAUGACGAAAAUGAGGGAAGAAGAUGACGUCCCGUACAUGGAACCAACUUCUAUUAUUUAUCCUUCUUUUCCUCAUAAUUAUGAGUCUGUGGAAAUGGUGAUCAAAGGAGUAGAGAUGAGCUUUGAGCGGAUCCGACAAGACUUCCGAGCCAUUGAUUUUUCUGAAAACAGAAUCCACGGCAAAAUCCCCGAAUCUUUGUGCUCUUUGAAGGAACUGCGUAUUCUCAACUUGUCAGGUAACGCCUUCACAGGCGUGAUCCCACGAUCCUUGGCAAAGCUAACAAAGCUCGAGACGUUAGACCUGUCAUGUAAUAAGUUAUCAGGUGAAAUCCCUCAAGAUCUUGGUAAACUCUCCUUUCUAUCGUACAUGAACUUCUCCCAUAACCAUCUCCAAGGUUCAGUGCCACGAGGCACACAGUUUCAAAGCCAGAACUGUUCUUCAUUCAUGGACAACCCUGAACUCUUGGGUCUCGAAGAUAUCUGCAGAAAACCCAAUGUGCUGGGUCCUACGUCACAUCAACCAGAGGAAGUGUCGGAGUCGGAAGAACCGAUGUUCAACUGGGUAGCAGCUGCUAUAGCCUACGGACCAGGUGUGUUCUGCGGAUUUGUGAUCGGAUAUUAUAUCUUUACUUCAGGCUAUCAUGAGUGGUUCGCAGAAAGGUUUGGUCGAAGAAAAAUCAGAGUCACCAGAAGGGAUCAUUAAUCUCAUCUCUUGCAGUCGCUCUAUGAAUCUGUGAAGCAAAGGUGUUUUAUCCAAAAAGACUUGUUUGUUUUAUUAAUCUCUGAAGCAAUGUUCUGUUUAAUGUUUUUGUAAUAGGUCUUUUAGUUGUAUUUGAAUAUAUACUUUCAUUUGCAGUU